UAUAAAUAUUACCAGUGCCGGGCAAGGUCGUUCUAGUCUAGCUAUAGGUUGUUGGUGUUAAAUUUGUCGUUCGUUUCAGUUUAAUUUGAUUGAUAAAAAACGAGGAAAUCGUCAUUAUUGAAUCCACUGAAACCACUGAGGUAAACCGCAAUGUCUACUCCAGUGAAAAAAGUUCCAAUUCAUUUACAGAGUGCCCAGAACCGUUUACUUAUCAAGCAUGGGAAAGUGGUAAACGAGGACGACAUCACCGAGGAUGAUAUCUACAUCGAGGACGGGGUCAUAAAGCAGCUGGGGCGCAAUCUGAUCAUCCCUGGGGGCACCCGCGUGAUUGACGCUCGCGGCAAGUAUGUGCUGCCCGGCGGCAUCGACCCCCACACGCACUUCGAGAUGGAGUUCAUGGGGGCGAAAUCAGUCGACGACUUCUACCAAGGCACCAAAGCGGCGGUGGCUGGCGGCACCACCAUGAUAAUUGACUUCGUCAUGCCAAAGAAGGGGGAGUCAAUCCUGGACGCGUUUUACGAAUACCGACAAAAGGGUGACGACAAAGUGUGCUGCGAUUACGGACUCCACGUCGCGCUAACUCACUGGAAUGAGCAAGUCAGGCGCGAGAUGGAAGUCCUGUGCAAGGAGCACGGAGUUAAUUCAUUUAAAGUUUUUAUGGCUUAUGGUUUUAUGCUUAAUGAUUCGGAAUUGUAUAGCGUUUUUGAAACGUGCCAGAAAUUGGGAGCCGUGGCGCAAGUGCAUGCCGAGAAUGGCGCGAUUAUUGCGAAAAAUGUCGAACGGCUUUUGGCCAAGGGCAUCACAGGGCCCGAGGGACACGAGAUGUCCAGGCCGGAGGAGGUCGAGGCUGAGGCCGUCAACAGGGCUUGUGUCAUUGCCAAACAGGUAGAUUGUCCGUUGUAUAUAGUGCAUGUGAUGAGCAAAUCUGCAGGAUUAGCUUUAAAGCAAGCAUGUGAACGAGGUACCCGAGUGUAUGGCGAAACUUUAGUAGCAGCACUAGCUUCAGAUGGUUCCCAUUACAAGCAUGAGUGCUUCCAGCACUCGGCUGGCCACAUUUUAAGCCCUCCCUUAAGACCGGAUCCCACAACACCGCAAUUUUUAAUGAAUCUGUUAGCACAGGAUGUCCUCCAAGUCACCGGUAGUGACAAUUGCACUUUCAACAAGUCUCAGAAAGAGAUGGGCAAAAACGACUUCUCCAAAAUCCCGAACGGCGUAAACGGGGUGGAGGACCGCAUGUCGGUCAUUUGGGAGAAAGGGGUGCAGUCGGGGAUGAUCGACCCUUGUCGUUUUGUCGCAAUAACUAGCACAAACGCAGCUAAAAUCUUCAACAUCUACCCGAGAAAGGGCUGCAUUGCGGUCGGAUCAGACGCAGACCUUGUCAUUUGGGACCCGACCAAAACUCGAACAAUUUCGGCCUCCACGCACCACCAAGCCGUCGAUUUCAACAUAUUCGAAGGGAUGGUGUGCCAUGGGGUCCCCGAGUUCGUCAUUGUGAACGGGCGGGUGUGCGUUGACGACGGCCAGCUGCGGGUCGUCCAAGGCCACGGCCACUUCGUGGAGACGCCCGUCUACGCCCCGUUCGUUUACGAUCCCGAGAAAAUCGCCGAUUUGAAGCCGGUCCGCAAUGGGACGCACGAUGACAAUUUGUCCGAACACGUUCACAAGGUCACAAUCGAGGACAAAGCCUGUCCUACACCAACACUGCCAGACUCAGCUGUGAGCACGCCCUCGGUCAGGGGGCCGCGACCGGAAGGUCAAAGGAACAUCCAAGAUUCGACAUUUUCUAUCAGCGAGGAUCUUGAUGUGGACAGAAAGUCUUGCAUCCGUGUGAGGAACCCACCAGGUGGCAAAUCUUCCGGGUUUUGGUAAUCACAAGAAGACGGCGCCUCAAUAGUUAUGCAAAUUACAAAAAAGUACCAAAGCAAAAUAAUCUUCCAAUCAUUUCAUUAGAAUAGUUCGUAUUUCUAUUUAUUACAUCAUUUACACAUUUUUCUGUCUCUUAUUUGUUCAAAAAUGUUUUAUGUUAUAUCGUAGAUUUUGUUACUGUUUUUUUACAUUAGAAUGUAUUGGGAGAGUUUAUGCGUAUAUGAAUAUCAAAAUCAAUGUUGUAUUGUGCAGUAAAUGAAAAAUACUGGCUAUUGCUGUACGUUAAAAAUUUAUCGAGACAUUUGUUAAUUUUUUAUUUAUAAAACGCGAAAGUUAAUUGCAUGAAAGUAGCACAGAUGUAUCUGUUUUAAGUUGCACUGUCUCUGACAACUGUUGGCUUGCAGCCUGACAAAUUUUCGUUAAUACUAAUUUGUUUAAUUUUAUUAAACUACUCAGAUAAUCUUAUAUUGAAAAUGACCAUCAAUAAUAAAUUGGUCUUGUGAUUUUAAGUAUCUCAAUACCAAAUAUCACUAGUUUCGAUCAUUUACGUUCCAUGGACUUUACAUCUAAAGGUCAUUCUGUUCUAUAUAAGAUUAUGAGUGGUUAUAAGUUUACUAAUAAACAUUAAUAACAAAAGCAA